GAUGCGAUUUAACUUUGAGAGUCAAAAGUAAUCUUAUAGUGAAAGUGAUAUCCAGAAAGUGUAUUAGAAUUAUCUAGUUGAGCUUAUAAGUAAGUUAACAAUUAAAUUUUUAGGUGAUUUUUAGAAUUUAUAUGCAGAAAGGAAACGAAUAAAAGUGGAAUUAGAGAGACGUUAAAGAGAGGAAGAUGAAUUAAAAGGAUAGUAAUCUAUUUAUAUUAAAUAUAUUAAGUAAAUGGCCAGAACCAAAUCAAAAGAAAAAGUAAUUUAGAAAUCAAGCUUUAACAUAUGAUUAAAAGUUAUAACAAAUUGAAGAAGAACGAAAUAAGGAAUAGAAAAUAUAGGAUUGUUUUGCUAAAGAAGCUAUAAGAUUUGAAUUGGAAAGAAGAUUAUCUAUAUAAGAGAGUCAUUUGAAAGAGGAAAAGAGUUAAGCUAGUAGAAAGAAAAUGUUUUAGGAAGUUAGAAAGAAAGCAGCUAUUGAAAAUAAAAAAGUAUCUUAAAAAUUGAAGAAUUAUUAAAAUAAUAUGAGUGAUUAAGUUGAGGAAGGAUUGAGAAAAUCAAAAUCAUUUUAUGAGAAAUUAGAAGCUAGGUUAUUUUGAGAAUUAUAUGUUUAGGGAUAUUUUGAUAUAAAAAUAAAGAGCUAAGUAGGUAUCUGAAAUUGCUAAUAGAAAUCGUAAAUUAGAAGAGAAAAUAAAUAAUGUUAAGGAUGAUUUUGAAAAUCGUAUGGUUGAAGAACUUUAUAAAAGAUAAUCAGAAAUGGAUUAAUCUUUUGAUUUUAGAUAGAUGACAGCUGAAUAAAUGGAAAAAAAUAAAAUUGAAAAAUAAUAACUUUUUGAAUAAAAACUUAAUAUGAUUAAUUCAAAGAUCAAGUAAUAUCAUGAAGAGAAGGAAUUUGAAUUAUUCAAUAGAGUUGGAUAAAAAAUGGAAAAAGCAGAGAAAUAAUAAGAGGAACAUGAUAAACAAUUAUAGAAUUUAUAAUUUAAUAAAAGAAAGCAAUUAGAACAACGAUUUUCAAGACAUAAGAAAAGAUAUUAAGAAUCAGAAGAACAAUAAUAGGAAAAGAUGACAGAGUGGAUGUAAAAGAUUAGUAGCAUAUAAGAAAGGGUUGAUAAAUUUAAAUAAAAAAAAAAUGAGGAAUAAAAGAAUUUGAAAGAGUAGAGAUCUUAAAGUUUUAAAGAACAUUUAGAGAAUAUGUAGUGUAAUAGAAAAAGCUAAGUUUUAUUUAAUUUCUAUAUUUUUAGGAAAAAGAUUAAACAAAAUAUGUUGAGAAACAUUAAUUUGUAUAAACUAAAUUAAAAAGGAAUAAGGAAGAAUAAGAAUAAUUGAGAACUUAUUUAACUAUUUCAAGAUAGAAGUUUGAGAAGAACAAUUUAUUAUAAUUUGGAGAAUUAUCUAAUUUGAAAUAUUCUUCAUCUGUUUAUUUAUUGAAGUAAACUUAUUUAAUAUGUAGUAAAUUGAAAGAUAUAGAGGAUGAGGAUAAAUUUGCUGAUAUUUCUAUGAAAUUUAAUAAUAUUAAAAGAAUGACAGAUAAAACAAAAAUAGAAUGA